AUGUCAGCGCCGAGUUUGAGUGAGAUGACGGAAAAAACAGGACUAAUGGACGAUUUCGCGGCCAUUCUCAUGGAGAAAAUGGUGCCGGCUCUGCAAGCGAUGUCCAAGAAGAAAGAAGAAGAGAAAGCGCCGACGCUUUCGCAGAAGGGACUUCAAAUGCAGGCGGAGCUCAACGCAAAAGUCAUCAAACUGAUCUCGGAAGGAUUGGAAGGAGGCGAUAUGACGGAGGCGGGGAAAGAGGUGCUCAACUUGAUGAGUGAACGAAACAAGGAGCUCGUCCUGCUCGACAAAGACCCCGACACCCUGAGGACGUGGGAAAAGAUCAAAGCAGUGAAGGAGUUGACGGGAGCCGCACCAGGAGCAAUGGACACUGCGAUGCUGGCCUGGGGCCACCUAUUUAAGUCGGACAAGCCGGCGAAUCGGAAACCCCCGCCAAGACUCAAAAUCCCAAAAAUGAAUCUGUACAUGGGUUUACGGUGUUACUUUUAUACUCACCCUGCUUCGUGAGGAUUAGGGGAAAACUAUUUCUCGCGAACCGAAGGUAAGAGAGAAACUAUAUUUUCCGCGGAAAAAUUCGAUCAUUUUUUUUCAGCUUUUCAGCUUUUCUGGCUUGGUUUGCUCGCCUCGUAG